UGCUGCUGAUGCUGGGAUCAGUUUGUAUCUGCUGUGACCACACACACUUUCCAGCGGAGAGAAAAAACAAAAGCUAGGAUAGACUACUAAACAACAGCCUCCCGCUCGGCUGCUGUUUCUGCUGGGUUGGGACACGGCACAGACAGCUUUUGUAGAGUAAAACAGUCGCGUGCGAUAACUCAACCGCUAACUAGCUAGCAGAUGAAGUUAGCAGGCUAGCUGCCGUGUUACAGUGAUGUCCCUGGUUCUGAAAAUAUUAUGCUUUCCGUCAUGUUGUAGCUAGUUUAGCAUAGAUGAAGUUAAAAUCCUAUUAUCUCAAGUCAGUGCAAUAACGAUAAUGCUUUUUGUCCUGCGUAAGAAUUGUUAUGCAUCAUAAUUUAAAACGACUAAAGUUACUAUAAUUUAGCUAACUUUGACGUGCUCUAUUGUUUUGAUGAAUUUUGGAGUCUUGCUGCUUUGUGUUGUGAACCAGAGAGUCGUAAUGCAAGCGUUAGCUCGGUCAUAUUUACCUAGCAAGGCUAAAUGUCCCACAAAAUAACUAACAGGAAACAAAGUAUACCUGUAGUUAGUCAAGGUAACAUCUACAAGUUUAUGUUGGGUUUUUUUUAACGCUUUAACCAAACGUUUGCACGGGAAGCAAAACUUUAUGCUGAUCACAGAUAACAUUAUCAGUCAUUCCCCAGUCAGACAUCACCAUGUGGCCGCAGUUAACCUUAGUCAUUUAUCAUUUGUAGCCUGAAGGAUGGUGUCACUUAAACAGGCCUCAUAGUUUAUCCACCAGUGAGCAUGCCUCUUAAAAAGAAACCCGUGCCCUUAAACAUUACUCCUGCUGGCGAUGGGUUACCCACCUCCACCAGCACUGAUUCAGAGGCCAGUUUAGAGGCACUUGAAAGAAUAAUGGAAGAGUUGGACCUGGACAAACAACAGAAGAAAAGGUUAGCAGCUUUCCUCACCCAGAAGGCCAAGGUGGGCGAGUUGAGAGUCGAUGACUUCCAUCGUGUCUGUGAGCUGGGUGCAGGCAAUGGAGGAGUUGUCAACAAGGAACGUCACAAACCUUCAGGAAUAAUCAUGGCCAGGAAGCUCAUUCAUCUUGAAGUCAAACCUGCUGUCAGAAACCAGAUCAUCCGAGAGCUUCAGGUGCUGCAUGAGUGUAACUCUCCCUACAUUGUGGGCUUCUAUGGAGCAUUUUACAGCGAUGGAGAGAUCAGCAUCUGCAUGGAGCACAUGGAUGGUGGAUCUCUGGACCAGGUGCUGAAAGAAGCAAAGAGGAUUCCUGAAGAGAUUCUGGGCAAAGUUAGCAUCGCUGUUUUGAGAGGCCUUGCAUACCUAAGAGAAAAACAUCAAAUCAUGCAUAGAGAUGUGAAGCCUUCAAACAUACUGGUGAACUCACGUGGGGAGAUCAAGUUGUGUGACUUCGGUGUAAGCGGGCAGCUCAUAGACUCUAUGGCCAAUUCCUUUGUUGGGACCAGAUCCUAUAUGUCGCCUGAGAGAUUGCAGGGAACCCACUACUCUGUGCAGUCAGAUGUGUGGAGCAUGGGGCUGUCCCUUGUGGAGCUGUCAAUUGGACGCUACCCCAUCCCUCCUCCAGAUGCCAGAGAACUGGAGGCCAUAUUUGGACGUCUCAUCAUGGGUGGCAGUGAAGAAGAGAUGCUCAGCACUUCACCAAGACCAAGACCACCAGGUCGACCUGUCAGCGGUCAUGGUCCUGCAAUGGCCAUCUUUGAACUUCUAGACUACAUAGUAAACGAGCCCGCUCCCAGACUACCACAUGGCGUCUUCAGCUCUGAUUUCCAAGACUUUGUGACAAAGUGUCUCAUCAAAAAUCCAGCAGAAAGGGCUGACUUGAAAAUGUUGAUGAACCAUGUGUUUGUCAAACGGUCUGAGGUGGAGGAGGUAGACUUUACUGGCUGGCUUUGUAAAACCAUGGGGCUGAACCAACCAAGCACUCCCACACACACUGCAGACUGAACACACUCACACACACACUCAUAAAAACAUGGAGAAGCUGCUGCCUGAAAGCCUGACGCCCACAUACACACCUUGUUUGCAAUGCCCUCCCUCAGGUGAACCUCUGAAGUCUCCAUCUAUCAAAUGAACUCGUCUAACUUGUAAGCCAGGAAAGAUCCUGUUUGUACAGCACGAGUCUGUCGAUGAUUACAGUCAUCUGUAUGCAUCUGUGCAUGUGUACAGACAGGUAUAUAUAUGAAUUUGUUUUUAUGUGUGUUAUGUAACCACAUUUAGUAAUAUAAGGAUAGGUUUAUUUUUGCUAAACAGGUCGGGUUACGUGUGUCUGUGUUAACAAGAGAUGAUCGAGUCUAGUGCUGUUUUUGUGUUUGGUGAUGUGACUGAUUUCUAAAAAUGAUCAGAUUUCUUGAGGCAAAGCACAAUGUUAAAAACAUUUAAACAUGACCCUCAUGUCAUAGCCCAAAAUCUGAAAAACGUUCCAACCUUAAACGCUCCGUCUGUAUGUCGGGGUUAAAUUAAAGCAACAUCUUCAGCUUAUCGUUGUACCAUUAGCUUCCAUUGAGCUAGAGAGAUUCAUCCCUGGACUGUACCUGCUGUAACAAGACUGCUUUUAUCUCUUAAGCAAGCUACAUCGCGACUCACUGAACGGUCUCAGCGGAAACAAGUGAUUAUUUCUUUGUAUUCACUGUGAUGUAAACAACCGGACGCUGAUUUGCCAUUGAAGUGCGUCCUGUGCUGUGGCAGGAUUAGGGCAUUUUGCUCUUUUGUUUUGUUCUAUUUGUGUACUUCCUUCUUUAAGUAAUAGUUUAAAGGGACAGUUCACCCCCAAAUCAAAAAUACUUUUUCCCCUCUUACCUGUAGUACUAUUUAUCAAUCUAAAAUUGUUUUGGUGUAAGUUGCUGAGAUACCAGCUGUAGAGUUGUCUGUAUGUUUGUUUUACUAACUGCCUGUUUGGCUUUUACUAUGAUGUCUGUUUUUGGUGGGCCGAAGACAAAUUUCCACCGUGAUGGACAAUAAAGGUCUAUUCUAUUCUCAGUGGCUGAUAUUUCCAAACACUCUUCAACUCUCACCAAAACAACCUUGAUUGAUUAAUAGAGCUACAGGUAAGAGGAAAAAUAUGUUGUUUAUAAUUGUGGGGUGAACUGUUCCUUUAAAGAUACAGACUUUUUAUGAUAAAUCAUAGAAAGCUUUGUCAUUUUAAAGUCAGAAUUGUCAAUAAAUUGUGUGUAUUGUUAAUAUGAUUUCUUAAUUUUCCACAUUAUCACGUUUAAUGUUGUACACUCAUUUCACCAGAAGGGGGAAGCACUCAGGCAUAGUGCUCUGAGGACUUCUGGUACAAAAAGUAUGCUACCAAAUAGAAAAUCUGAAAAAUAUACUUGGAACUUUCUGUGUAGUGUAUUGUGUGUGCAUCACAAGUUAACCCAUG